UUAGACAUUUAUUUAUUCAAAGUAGUUUUAGUAGUAAACAUUAAAACACAUGACUUUUAGUGUUUAGACUUUAAACAAAAUUAAAUUCAAUUAAAAAUGAAUCAAAAUUCAUUAUUUAUCGUGUUUAUUGUGUGUUUUAAUUUAAUUCAAUUUAGUUAUGGACAUAGUUAUAAAUUUGGAUCGUGUCCGACUAUUAAACCUGUACCAAAUUUUGAAAUUGAAAAGUUUUUAGGUACGUGGUACAUACCCCGGAAAACCGCAACAGGAAGUCAUUGUCUUGUUUACAAUUUUAACCGCACCGAUGAUCCUAAUGAAUUUCUUGUCGAUCAAUACAGUCAACACUUUGUUUUGGGUCACACCCCUGUCAGCCAUUUAUAUCAGUAUGAAGGGCGUAUGAAUAUUUUGGAUCAAUAUAAUCCAGCAUUAAUGGCUGUUAGAUUUCCAAUGAAUGUAGCUGGUAAUGCUUCGUAUAUAGUUUUCUACGCAACUGAAUCCAAUUCAUUUGGAAUCACCGAUAAUUCUUUAUCGAAAAAUAACCGUUAUGAAUUUGCAGCUUUACAUACGUGUCAAAAAACUGCAUUUUUACAUCGACAAUCCACCACAAUUCUUUCUCGAACAAAAGAAAUUGAUUCUGAUCGAUUAAAUCAGAUUUUGGAUUUAAUGAAGAAAUAUGGUAUCAAUCCGUAUGACUUAAGUAUAAUUCCACAAACCAAUUGUCCAAAUUAUUUUAAUGGCACAGAAAAUAAUUUGGUUAAUAUAAAAAUUGACGAUCAAACAUUUACAGCUAAAUCAGCGGCGAAUGUUAUACGAAAAGUUGGUUAUAAACUUGGAGAUGGUAUUGAAUUUUCGGGAAAAAUAACAGCAUCUUUAUAUGAUCAUUUAAAAGGAGCCUAUAAUUUUUUUAGAAAUUACGUUUUGUAAAA